AUACAAAGAAACGGUAUGGUUGGUACCCGCGAAGUCCAUGCGGCGAGUAGAGGAGAGGAGAGGGAAGAGUGCGAGCGAGGCACAAGAAUGUCCACAAGCAUGGCGAUUUUGCAGGGCCUUCGGACAUUUCCGCUCUCACCAAACCAUCAUCACUCCCCCAAUCCCGCAACACAAAGACGAACAAAACUCCCGAAUUCCUCUUCUCUUCAUUCUCCCGCAACCGCAACCGCAACCGAUUCCGAUCUGUUCAAAACGCGCGCUCCUUCAAAUGAUUCAGCGCCGUUGCAAAGUGUCCGCACCUGUGUGACUCCUCUUCAGCUAACCUUCAUAUUCUCAGAAGACAAUGGGGAUUCCAGAAAACAUAGUUGUUGGUUCUCAUGUCUGGGUUGGAGAUCCAGAACUAGUUUGGGUUGAUGGACAAGUACUGAAUAUUAAUGGAGAAGAAGCUGAAAUCCAAACUAGUAAUGAGAAGAAGGUUGUUUCCCUUGUGUCAAAAUUAUAUCCCAAGGAUGUGGAUGUGCCUACUGAUGGAGUUGAUGACAUGACCAAGCUUGCUUAUUUGCAUGAGCCAGGAGUGCUACAUAAUUUGGAAACUAGAUACAUGAUGAAUGAAAUAUAUACUUAUACUGGCAAUAUUCUCAUUGCAAUCAAUCCCUUCCAAAGUCUUUCACACCUGUAUGAUACUGAUGUGAUGCAAAGAUACAAGGGAGCAACAAUUGCAGACUUGAGCCCACAUGUUUUUGCUAUUGCUGAAGCAGCAUAUAGGGCAAUGAUUAAUGAGGAGAAAAGCAACUGUAUCCUGGUUAGUGGUGAGAGUGGUGCUGGUAAGACAGAAACCACCAAAAUGCUUAUGCGGUACCUGGCAUAUUUAGGUGGUAACGCGGCAUCUGAAGGGCGAACUGUUGAACAACAAGUUCUAGAAUCAAAUCCAGUUCUUGAAGCAUUUGGUAAUGCAAAAACUGUUAGAAAUGACAAUUCUAGCCGUUUUGGAAAAUUUGUUGAGAUUCAAUUUGAUAAGCGUGGAAGAAUAUCAGGUGCAGCCAUUAGAACUUAUCUGCUUGAGAAAUCUCGGGUUUGCCAAGUCUCAGAUCCUGAGCGUAACUAUCACUGUUUCUACCUUCUCUGUGCUUCUCCUCCUGAGGAAAAGGAGAAAUUUAAGUUGGGAGAUCCUAGAUCAUUUCACUACCUUAAUCAAUCCAAUUGCUAUGACUUAGUUGGUGUUAAUGCUGCUCAAGAGUAUCUUAGCACAAAGAGAGCCAUGGAUAUUGUGGGAAUCAGUCAAGAGGAACAGGAUGCAAUUUUCAGAGUUGUAGCUUCUAUUCUUCAUCUUGGAAACAUUAAGUUUGCAAAAUCUGAAGACACUGAUUCAUCAGUUCUAGAAGAUGAAGAAUCCAAGUUUCAUCUCCAAAUAACGGCAGAACUUCUCAUGUGUGAUCCUGUUGCUUUGGAAGGUGCACUCCUUGAGCGUGUGAUGGUUACGCCAGAAGAAAUCAUCAAGAGAAGUCUUGAUCCUCUAGGUGCUGCAGUUAGCAGGGAUGGUUUAGCCAAAAUGCUAUAUUCUCGUUUAUUUGACUGGUUAGUCCAUAAAAUUAAUAGCUCCAUUGGGCAGGAUCCUAGCUCAAAAUGUCUCAUUGGCGUUCUUGACAUAUAUGGCUUUGAAAGCUUUCAAACAAAUAGUUUUGAGCAGUUUUGUAUAAAUUUCACAAAUGAAAAGCUGCAGCAACACUUCAACCAGCAUGUGUUUAAGAUGGAGCAAGAGGAAUACACAAAACAAGGGAUUGACUGGAGCUACUUAGAAUUUGUAGAUAAUCAAGAUGUACUGGAUCUCAUUGAAAAGAAACCUGGUGGAAUCAUCGCUCUGCUUGAUGAAGCUUGUAUGUUUCCCAAGUCAACUCAUGAAACAUUUGCACAAAAGCUUUAUCAGACAUUCAAAGAUCACAAACGCUUCAUCAAGCCAAAAUUGGCACGCUCAGACUUCACUGUUGUUCAUUAUGCAGGGGAGGUUCAGUAUCAAUCUGAGCAGUUUUUAGACAAAAACAAAGACUAUGUUGUUCCUGAACAUCAAGACAUGCUAAGUGCUUCCAAAUGUUCAUUUGUAUCAGGCCUUUUCCCUUCACUUUCUGAGGAGACAGCUAAAUCUGCUAAAUUUUCUUCUAUUGGUUCUCGUUUCAAGCUUCAAUUACAACAAUUGAUGGAUACACUCAAUCUGACAGAGCCACACUAUAUUAGAUGUGUGAAGCCAAAUAGUCAAUUAAAAUCUUGCUUAUUUGAAAAUUUGAACGUCAUCCAACAAUUACGAUCUGGUGGUGUUCUUGAAGCAGUAAGAAUUAAGUGUGCUGGAUUCCCCACUCACUGGACCUUUCAUGAUUUUUUAACUCGAUUACGUGUUCUUGCUCCAGAGGUUCUUCGAGGAAACUUCGAUGAAAAAGAUUCAUGUAAAAUGAUUUUGGAGAAGAUGGGAAUGACAGGUUAUCAGAUUGGGGAAACAAAAAUAUUCCUAAGAGCUGGACAGAUGGCUGAAUUGGAUGCUCAGAGAGCAUUACUGCUUAGUAAUUCUGCAACAGUUAUCCAAAAGCAUGCUAAAACUCGUUUUAGUCGGCAAACAUAUAUUGCCUUGCAAAAGUCCUCUGUGUUUCUGCAAUCCAUUUGCAGAGGAGUAUUGGCUCGAAGAUUGUAUUAUCACAUGAGGAGGGGAACAGCCGCAGUCAGAAUUCAAAAGCAUAUGCGUCGAUCACUAGCCAGGAAAUCAUACACUGAAGUAACGAGCUCCGCCAUUGUCUUGCAGACAGGUUUUCGAACAAGGGCUGCUUGUGAUAAUCUUAGAUAUAGAAAGCAAACCAGAGCAUCAAUUACUAUUCAGUCCUAUUGGCGGCGACACAAAGCUCUCUUUGAAUAUAAGAACCUUAAGAAAGCGUCAAUCAUUUCACAAAACAUCGAUCAUUCAAAUGAUACACAUGAAGAGAAGGUUUUGGAGACACCUAUGCAAAAUGAAAGUCCUAUGGAAGAAUCUUCAUAUCCUGUCCAAGAAGAAUCUUCAAAUCAUGUCCAAGAAGAAUCUUCAAAUCAUGUCCAAGAAGAAUCUUCAAAUCCUGUCCAAGAAGAAUCCUCAAGUCCUUUCCAAGAUGAUGAAAGCAUUGAAGUUAUCAGGGAUUCCUCUAGUCCUCUCCAUGACACUGAAAAGAUUGAGGUUCUUAAUGUAGAAAUAAAAAACUUGAAGGUCAAGUUGCAUACAGAAAAACAAAGAGGUGAUGAAUAUGAAAGGAAAUAUGUAGAAGCUCAAGGAUCUAGUGAAGAGUUACGCAAAAAGUUAGCAGAAACUGAAAAAAGAGUAUAUCAGCUUCAGGACUCAUUGAACAGGAUGAUAUCUUCCAUGUCAACUCAAGUUGCCGAGCUGAAGAUGAUCUUAAGUACUUCAUCAAGAUUGAGUUCAACUUUUCGACCUAUUGCUAGGGUUGACAUUGCUUCCAGUAACUCUGAUACUUCAUCCACAGACUCCGACUUCACAUUUCCAGCUACUGCUUCAAAUGAAGCUCCUUCUUCCCCAGAGCCAAAUUCUUUCAAAUUAGUAGUUCAGGAUGUCACUGCUGUGGAUGGAUCAGGAUCUGAAAAGGAGGGUUCGUUUGAUGAUUUCUUCUAAUAAAACUUGUAUUUCGUUUAUAUCGGGCUUAAUUUUCUUAUCCUCUGUGUCAAUGGGGAAAACAAGGAGGUGGCAGGUUAGGCACGUUCACUUCUUCUACCACACACUCUAAAGAAAUUGUAGAUACACAGUUCAUCUCGGGAUCCUGUAGAUCAGUAAGGUAGAGGUAGCAAAAGUGUCAAACUAUAUAUGAUGAACACAUUGAUCAGUUUCACCCUGUUGAUAUCCCCUAUGAAUUCUCUAUUAUUUGAUGUCAAAUGACACAGAAUGUGAUUUGUUGUAAUCUCCCGGUGUCAAGUUGGAUUCUUAUAUA